GUUUUUGGUAUCGCUUCAUCUAAUUAAAAAGAAAUCGAUAUGGAGACAAUACGCCUGUCUCGGAUAAGUGAAAAUUGGCCAUCAAGUAGUCUUGUGAAAUUCGAACCCCUAAACAUGACAACUAUUAAACUUGAGUUACCUGAAUAACAUCACACGUUACCAAGAUACAUCGGGUAUCGAUGAGCGGUUCAUACACUUUAUAUUUGUAAUGGGAUUCCGAUGACAUGAAAUGUUCGUUUGUACUUUAUUUUGCAGUCUGUGAGACCUAUCAGAAAUACGACUUGCCCAAAUAUCACAUGAGUAGGAAACUGAUGUCGAUGGUGAGAACAAAGGUUCCUAGGAUCAUCAAUGGAGAAGAUGCGGACAUACAAAACUACCCCUGGCAGGCGUCGCUCCGGAUCGUCACAAAUCACAUAUGUGGUGCAGCCGUCGUGUCGCAGAGAGCGGCUAUAACUGCCGCGCAUUGUAUCAAGAACGAAUAUAAAAGAUUGUAUAAACUCCAAGUUGGAUCAAGUCGUCUUUCCGGGAAGGGAACUGUUGUCGAUGUUGCUGAUGUUAUAGUAGUAAGUAUUGAUUUCAUGCUCCAAAUCUCGAAUAUAACGAUAGAAAUCGUGUAAAGGUAUUAUAGAGC